GAUACGGUCCGUCAGAUAUUAUGUCCCCCGUCUGUCACCGUUGAGCGCAAUGAGUUGUUGGUUAAAAGGAGAAAAAUAAUCCUAAAUGCGGUUUAAAACCGGACAGCUUGUCACCGUAGAGUGACGUAAGACAGGGCAGUCACCAUGGCAACAGAAGAGGGAAGUAAAGCUGAGUUAGAGGCCGAUUUUUCUAUAAAUGAUGAAGAAAUGAAGAAGUGGAUGGGAAGAGCUUUUGAAAUGGCCAAAGACGCUCUGGAGAAUGGAGAAGUUCCGGUCGGAUGUCUGAUGGUCCACAGAGACGAAGUGGUGGGAAAGGGAAGGAAUGAAGUUAACGAGACAAAAAACGCAACUCGUCACGCUGAGAUGGUCGCCUUGGACCAGGUUCUGGACUGGUGUCGCCAUAGCAACCUGGAUGUGAGGAGCGUGUGCGAGCGGACAGUCCUGUAUGUCACUGUGGAGCCGUGUGUCAUGUGUGCUGCAGCCCUGCGCCUUAUGAAUAUCCCGCUGGUCGUGUACGGCUGCAGGAAUGAGCGUUUUGGAGGCUGCGGAUCAGUUCUGGACAUCUCCUCUGCAAACCUUCGUCACACCGGGACGACGUUCAGGUGUGUUGCAGGUCACAGAGCACAGGAAGCAGUUGAGAUGCUGAAAACUUUCUACAAACAAGAGAAUCCAAACGGAAAGAAACCUGGGAGUUCUCCGACAGUAGGUGUAGGAGCUGAGAAGGUUCUGAAUUAGUUCUGGUCUCCUGGUUUUAUUUUGACUAAACCUCCACACUCCCCGAGACCCAAAACAAGAAAAGACUGACCAGGACAGAAAUCCUCCUUUUCUUUUUAUUUACAUGUUGGAUUUUUAUUUUAUAAUAAAAAGAGUUCGCGUUUUUUGGAACAACCA